AUGCUUCGACGGCGUCAUUUUCAGAAGGUCGCGGGGCCCUGGAGGGGCAAGGCUUCGUCGUUCACUCCAACUGCACAAAAGGGUGGACCCCUGGUCUCGGGGAAAGACUUCCGCCCGCUGGAGCUCACGCCAUUCACGGGAAAGCCAUGGCGAUCGGAGCAGACACUAGAAGUUGUCCCAGUGGUGUCCACGUCGUUUGGUGUCUGCGAGAUCCACAAAGUCAAAGCGGAGGAUGGAGCGGAUGAUGUGCGUGAUUCCAUUCUGUCCCGAUCACAGGUGUUGGACGGAUGGCUGUGGUUUGACGAGAAAGACCAGAUCAAUGUCUUGGUGCGCCUGGAAGCGGAGGCGGGGACGGGUGCAGGGGAGGGAAUGACAGGGGGCGAAGAAGACAGGAGAUUCUUGGUUUUUGAGCAGAAAAAGUAUGGCUAUCAAGGUCUCAGUUUGGCGCCCAUCGGUGGCCUUGUGGAGCCAGGCGAAGACGCCCUCAUGGCAGCUAAACGAGAGCUUCUCGAGGAGGCAGGUCUCGACGAUUGCCAUAUACCGAGGGAGGGCUCGGUGAAGGAGUCUAUAAAGACAGUGGCCAAGUCGGACGACAGGGAGAUGCAGCGGAAAGUCCCGGACGUGCCGCGACAGCCGGGAGCGUCUGGCCAACUUUUUCAAAUCACAGACAGGCUCACCAGAAUAAUGUAUAGCAACGACACCUCUAGCAAUCCCGAUGAUUGCGGAGGAGAAGCUCUUCAGGGAAUAGGGGAUGGCAUGCGAGCAAUGAUGGAUGACCCCCACGGUGGUACCGAAGUCCUUUUUAUCCGUCAUGCCGAGUCUCGCAACAAUGUCCUACACGCCGAGGUGGGGGCGCGAUACAAUUUCGACCCAAAUUUACAUGAACUUAUGGAAAAGGAGGUUGCUUCUCUGCGUAGCGAAGACGCUGAUCUCAGUGAGAAGGGUUUUGUGCAGGCGGAGCGGUUGGGCGAAUACCUAGCCGAGCGCCUAAGACAACGCCGACUCAUCACGCAAAGCAACGACGAGUAUGUCAUCGUCUUGUUGUUGGCCUCGAUACCUUUAUUGCCACCCUACGAGUCCCCCACGGAUGCGACUCUCACGGACGACCGCCACGUCUCUACCUCUCUCUCCCCUCCCCUUACCCGACACAGGGUGCUCGUCGUCACCUCUCCCAUGCAAAGGGCGAUAAAGACCAUCAGACCCUUGGUCACUCGGCUCGGUAUAGGCCCUGAAGACUUCGCUUGCUACGGUCGCUACUUCGAGGUGGGCGGGUGUUACCUGCAAGAUCGCGUCUACACGGGCACCUCCAGAGCCGAGCUUGAAGGAACCUACAAGGUGAAGAUGGAGAGGGGCGAGUGUUUAGAGGCGGGUGGACGCAGGUGUUUUGACGUGGAAGAGGAAGGAUGGUAUGCCCACUCGGUACGCGACUUUUUCCUUCUCUCCUCCCCAUCCUCCCUCUUCCUCCCCUUCCCCCUUCAAAAAGAGCGGGAGGGACAUCCCCAAGCUCUUCUGCGCUGUGAACAGGCCUGGCUCUGGAUUCAGGACGUACUUCUGGCCGGGGCGCUCCCGAACGCCGUCGACGGGGAUGGGAGGGGGGGAGGAAGGGGGGGAGGGAGGAGCUACGACACCAUCGUUGUCGUGGGGCACGGAGAGUUCAUGCAUUAUGUCAUGAAAAAGAUGAUUGGAGGCGGCUCGCUGUCGUCCGCCCUGGGCUUUGUACACGGCAACACAGGCAUCAGCACGCUGCAGAGGCCGUUGAUACACCGGACGAUCAGCGUCCAUACACCAUGGGCGAGGAUGAAGGCCUUCUACCUCUCCAGGGGGGGGUUCGAGGAGGGAGAAAAGAAAGCAGGGAGGGACGGUGGUGUGUACGUCGAUGCGAGGGGAAACGAAUGCCAAGUCUUGUCCGCACCAGUUUAGGAGGUUGCAGAGGGAGGUCGAGGCGUGGGGCGAGGAAUGGUGAAGCUUUGUGGGCGAUCGGGGAACCAAAGCGACGAGGACGGAAGCCCGAAGGGAAGUUUGGCGGUGGCAUGGACUAGAACCAAAAGACCCCGAGGGAACGCGAGUCGAGCAUGAUGUCGAAGUACCGCGGUCCAUGCGGGAGAUCGAAGACAGUGUGUGGCCAUGCUCUCAGGCUUUGAUUCUGGUGGUAGAGAUGGUGGUCGGUGACAUCUCAUCCUCCACCCUCCGUGAGAAAACCCACAUGAAGAAAGGAUAAAUGCCAUUGAGAGGCGAAAAAGAAAGGGAAGGACAUGCAUCGAUGAAGGGUCACAAGGA